AAUGGUUGCUAAGAGUCGACACUGACUUGAUGGCACAUAAUCGUUCAAUCAAUCAAAAGAAUUAGGUGAUGGUGUCUUGGAAACUGGAUGUGUGUUCUUUAGCAGUCCAUUUGUGAGUAAGUAGGUUGAAGUGUCCUCUUUCUCCUAACUGUCUCUUGGUACAGUGGGGAUGUGCUCCCCACUUGCCUGAUCGUAAGGAAGGAAUGCACAAAUCUUUGCAAGUUAGAAUUCCCGUUCCCAGGCUCUGACAAUUCCAUUACGCUUGCUUAGCCUUUUCACCCAUCAACUCAUUGAGUAUGCUUGAGCUGAAAACUACCCGAGAUCAUCUGUGCAGGGCUUCUGCAGAGAGUAAGGAAGUGGAUCUUGACAGAGAUAAGCCAGGUCUUUUACCAAAGCGAUGCAUGGAGAAAAACAUUGCUUAAGUCCAAAACAAGCAGGAAAUAUGCGGAAGAGGCUCAGAGAGACACCUCCCUCAUUCUCGUGGGUAUAAGAAAGGGAGGGGGUACGGCACAAUCAGGCUUGCAAGAUUCUGGUCCUACAGCCCCUCCUGAUAAAAGUGUUGGGGCUGGCAGUUUCUCACAUUCUCUGUUUUUCUCCUCAGAGAGUGCCACUUUGCUGCUGACUUAUGUUGCACAGCCAGUUGCUUCUUUAAAACCCUUCCCUCCUGGGCCAAGAUCCAGGGGGAAACUGCCUUAUCUGCUGAGAGAGAAGGGAGGGAAACAAAGACAAAUUCUGGAUAGUCCUGUCAGCUUCCAGCCCAAGAUUGACUGAAAUUGCAAAUUCUGUUGCCCCCCGAGGCCUGCUUCUGCUUUUCGAGAGGCCAUGGCAGCUGAGCAGAGGGCCAGAACAGCCGAGGGCUUCCCGAGGCCCGUGGGGGUCAAAAUGGAAGCCUGUGAGACCACCGGCCCCAGAAGGGCAGAGGGAGCGGACAGAGCAGGGAAGCUGCCGCGGGUCCUCCAAGUGGGGACCAUCCGAGAGUUCCUGAACUGGGCCGCCCCACAGCAAGUGAAGCAGGAGCCAGAGGGGGGCUUGCCUGAACUCUGGGAAGCCCAGUGGCAGGAGUUCCUCUCUGCUCUCAGGUGCUCUCCUCUGGGGGAGGGACACCAGCAGCUGGCCGAGGACCCCGUCCCUUGGGGGGACAACAAGGCCUUCUUCGCCUCCUUUGAACGUCUGGCUGGAACCUGCCAGUUGCCCCGCCGAGAGUGGCUGGCUCGCCUCUUGCCUGUCCUGGGCCGGGAAGCCAAGGAGGCCUACAGUAACCUUAGCCUCCAAGACCGGGGCGAAUACGCCAAAGUCAAGGCGGCCAUCUUGAAAGUGGACGCCCUCCGGAUGGAGGCGCAGCGCCAGCGUUUCCGGCAGUUUCGCUACCACGAGGCCCGGGGCCCCCGGGAGGUGUGCAGCCAGCUUCGGGAGCUGUGCCGGGGGUGGCUGAAGCCGGAGAAACAUACCAAGGAGCAGAUCUUAGACCUCCUGGUCCUGGAGCAGUUCCUGACCCUCCUGCCCCAGGAGAUCCAGAGCUGGGUACGAGAGCAUGGCCCGGAGUCGUGCGCCCAAGCUGUGCCCCUGGCGGAGGCCUUCCUGCGCAGGCAGCAAGAGGCCGAGAGAAGGGAAAAACAGACUCGGGGAGCUCAAGUGGCAAACUGGGCUGAGAUGAAGCCAUCUCCUGUGGGCGUUGGGCUGAAACGGAUCCACAGAGAGAUGAAGCAAGAUGCCAGAAUUCUGGACCUGGGGAGCUCCAAUGGGGACCACGCCGAGAAGUCGGUUAAUCGAAGUACUGAAAACGGAUUGAAGAGUCCUGGCAGAGCCCAGCUGGGCCAGAGGAUCUCCCAAGGCCCCGACAGCAGGAUUACUUUCCGCCCAAGCCCGGCUGUCUUCAAACACCAGCGGGUCCAUGCAGCAGAGAGCCCGCACCAGUGCCCUGACUGCGGGAAGCAUUUUACGCAGCGUUCGAGCCUUACGAUCCAUCGGCGGAUCCACACGGGGGAGAAGCCAUACCCCUGCCCCGAGUGCGGGAAAUGCUUCCGGCAGAGUUCCAACCUUUUGAAGCACCAGAGGAUCCACUCGGGCGAGAAGCCCCACCAGUGCCCGGAGUGCAGCAAAUGUUUUGCCCAGCGCUCCAACCUCCUGAUCCAUCAGAGGACCCACACCGGGGAGAUGCCCUAUGUGUGUUCUGAGUGUGGGGCAUGCUUCAGCCAGCACCGGGGCCUGGUCACUCACCAGAGGAUCCACAUGGAAGAGAUGCCCUAUGGCUAUGGUUGUCCAGACUGUGGGAAAUGCUUCCAGCAGAAUUCGGAUCUCACGAAGCACCUGCGGGUCCACACGGGCGAGAAGCCCUACAGCUGCCCCGAGUGCGGGAAGAGCUUCAGCUACAGCUCCAACCUGAGCAAGCACCAGCGGAUCCACACGGGCGAGAAGCCGUACCGCUGCAAUGUUUGCGGGAAAAGCUUCAGCCAUCUAUCGACUCGGAACACGCACCAGCGGGUCCACACGGGGGAGAGGCCCUACGGCUGCACCGAGUGUGGGAAGAGGUUCAUCUCGAGUUCCAAACUCACGCGGCACAUGAGGACACAUUCCAUAUACACGCCUUACAUCUGCAACGAAUGCGGGAGGAGCUUCAGUUCGCACUCGCUACUGACCACCCAUCAGAAGAACCACUCUGCCGAGAGUUACCACAGGGGCGGCUUGUGGGAGGGGGCUGAGCAGGGCCCGAGCGACUUCAUGGGCAGGAUGUCCCCUCUCUGACUGGUGCUGAGUCUCUCCCUUAGGAUGGAGCCUGUCCUUGUGAUACUUCUAGCAAGGGUGCUAGUCCCUAAGGUAUUGGAAUUUGGCAGCCCUGCGUUGUGCGGGCAGGAUGCGAGACUAGAGAAUGCCAGGCUAUAGAAUUAGUGUGGUGGUUUUGGAAGAUAGAGGUAGGCUGAAAAAAAAAAUAGGGUAGUAUAAAGGAUGGAAGCUCAGAUUGUCGGUUGGUUUUAGAAAGAGAGCAAAGCCUUGUGCAGACAAGAGAGCUUCGAAGCGGGCUUCCCCGAGACCCUAAGCCAGCAAAUGUUGAGCCUUCCAUUAUUAGCACACCCCCUGCUGUAAUUAGCUACCUGAUAACUCUGUAGAUCCCCCACAUUCAGGAGCAGAAUAUCUGUGAGUAAUAAGUGAAAAAGCAUCUUUGGUCUCUGGAAGAAGAAGGCUGAGAUACCGUUGAGUCGGAUUCAGCAGCUAAAAAGCAAAGAGAACCCUCUUAGUCUGUGAAAACCCAACAGAAAAAAUCCAGAGUUGGGCAAAAUCUUUUCAGAGAACUAGAAUAUAUUUCAUAGGCUUUACUUUUUCUCCUCUCCCCGCUCCACCCUUCUCAGCAUUGCUAAAAUCCAACUUGAAGCCAAUGUCAAAAACUUGCCUGUGGUUUUGUGACGUUUGGAUUGGCACGCUAAAGUAGCUGUGCAUUUUGAUGGAGCAGCCUGCUCCCUGCCCUCCCGGGCAGCAGCCACGUUCCACGUAGUGGUCACUGCAGGUUAUGCACCGUGUCCAGGAAUCCCCAGUUUUAGAAGGCCAGUGCGUCUGGUUCAGGCGGCUGGGAGGCGUUCUGAAUCGGAUGCCUGUUGCCUCCCUCUGCUGGAGUUUUCACAGUGUAGAAGUCAUGUGUCUAGACUCAUGUGUAAGCCCAUCCGUGGAUAGACCGACCCUCGAAUUUUUCACCAAAAUACUGUGAAAAACGUGCCGCCCAGAUAAGCCGCAUUUGUUACAGUAUUUGCAUUAAAAAUUCAAGGGUCUGCUUAGCCACAGAUAGGAUUAUACAGGAUAUUUGGGUCCUUUAAAAAAGUAUUACCAUUACAUACUCACAGAGAAGCCAGAUCCGAUUUUUGGGGCAUGUUUUGGAGCCUAAAAUUCUCAGCUUAUUUGCAAGGAUAUACAAAAUUGUAUAUUACAAAAGAGAGAAGGGUCUGGAACAGAAGAUUGCAAGAUAUUCCAGCCAGCCUUGCCCUCCUCCAGCAUACUCCAUUCCGUUCCUUCUAGCGUUAUGCCCUUCCUUUUUCCAAAGACACCAGCAUCUAACAGGCAUACCUGAAUAACUUGCUCAAUUACUGAGCUGUUUUAGGCCUCCCCCUUCCCAUUUAGGGGUCUUUUUUGUGAAAUCAUGUUUUAUUCUUCUCUAUAGCUUUGGGUUUCCCAAGCACAUCCCUACCUCCCUUUUAGGUGGAUGCUGUUUUGACUGACCCAAAGGUGUCCCCGCAGGCAAUGGGUUUAAUUAACCCUGAAUAACCUGCCCUCGCAAAGCAUACACGUUCACUUGUGAAGUCGUAGCAAAAAAUCAGAAAGAGUCUGGUAGCACCUUUUCCAACGAACACAAUUUAUAAAAAGGCGUACACUUUUGUAAGCAGCGGCUGGCUUCAUCUGAUGUGCCAAGUGAUUCAUCAAAGCUUAUGUGGAUUGUAAGUUUGCCCAAAGUCAGCAAAUCCUGCCAUUGUUUGGUGGGAAGCUCUGUGAAUGAGCCACAUUUUGCUAAACCGUGGUUUGCCUAGCAACAGUCCAGUGGCAGGAUUUGCAAAAAUGGGCUAAGGCAUAAAUCAUGGUUUACAAACCACAGCAGACUGAUUCACCCAGUCUGGGAAGAUAAAUCUGAACAAACCCCGUUAUGGCAGGGCGUGGGUAUCCCCACUGUGCUAAGAGAAGGAAGGGGUGGCAGAGGAGGAGGAGGGGGACAUUUGGUCUCCUCCAUCUCUAAUAGCUCUAGUCCCCAAUUGUAGGCACCCCUGACAAAUUAAUUUCAAAGGAGCAUGUCUUUUGACUGUAUCAUGUAGUCAAUAUUAAUAAUCAAGGAGAAAAUAGGUUUGGAUACAGUGGCUUCCAGGUUGCUAAGCAUCUAAUGGUUAAGAUGCACGUGUGUUUAAGAAGAACACGCAUAAGGGGAAGAGAGACUUGAUAGAUUUGUAUAAAAUGUAUGCAUAGAAUAGAGAACAUGAUGAAGGGGGGGGGGAUUUGCCCCCUGACCUAAGUAGUAUAAGCUGGGCUCCUCUGGAAACAUUGAAUGAGGAGAGAUUCGGAACAAACAAGUCCUGGUUUGCACCAUGCAUAGCUAACUGGGUUUUGCAGCUCAACGAGAGAGCCACGGCGACCAACUUUUAGAUUCAUGGAGCUAAGCUGUUGAUCACGGUCCGCUUGCAGGGCUCCACCUUAUCACAAAGAUUGGGAGUGGAAGCUUCUGGCUUCCAGAUGGUGCAGAAUAAAGUCUGAACACGCUCCUGCUUUCAGAUGCUGCUGGUGGAUUUUUUCCAAGGGGAUCCAGUUUGGUCACAUCUGGAUGCAUGAUCUUGGACUCGGUGAGCCUUUGGCCUGAUCCAGCAGGCGCUCUCCUGUUCUUACAAAAUGCUGGGUAAAGACAUGAGUAGACAGAGAAUUAGGAUAGGGAGCUUGCAGAGGACGGGUUCAGAAGCAGCAAAUGUAGUUUUGAGGGUGGUUCUCAUCACCAGAAGGACGUGUGUCUGACUAAGGGAAAAGAGCAUCAUCUUAGAGCAGAGUUUCUCAACCUUGGCCACCUGAAGAUGAGUGGACUUCAACUCCCAGAAUUUCCCAGCCAGCAAAGCUGCCAAGGUUGAGAAACACUGUCUUAGAGGAAGGAUCCAAGAUUCUGCUGUAAUGGAAAAGAUCUCAGGUUGGAAGAUUCUCCAUGGACUUCCUCUUACACAGCAGUGGAUAAUCUCAGUAGCCAGGCCUGUACUUAGAAGUUGGGGAGGGGGGCCAAAAUGAGGCCACUGUGAGCAGGACAAGCAUUCAGAAAAAAUAAAAGGAGGGUGUGUCAGGUGGGACCAGGAAUUUUAAAAUAACCCCCUCCCCCCAAUGUUAAGGGAAAUGUUGAGGGUUUUGUCUUAUUGGUUAUACUAUUUUACACAUUUUUUUUCGCUGUGCUUUCUACUUCAAAAUGGGCGGGGGGAAUGCCCUCUCAAUUCAGAGCAGUAAAUUCAGAAGGGGGUGAUGAAUGCCUACAGCUAUAGGUUGCUUUUCCUGUUCAAAUGCUGUCAGCCCUUCAAGGUAGUGCAGACAAGAAACCAGCACCAUGAGUACUAACACUACCUUUUCUGUAAGAUU